AUGGCUGCCACACCGGCACCCGGCCAGCACUUACUGCUCAAACAUCAGUCAGGCUCUGAACAGCCAGAGCCUGCCCUGCCGUACUCCAGCAGCGACAUCGUUCAUCCCAUCAAGGUUGACGAGAGCGGCUCGUUCCUGUCCUACGAUUUGUCCCACCGGGCACUUCACCGAAGGUCUCCUUCCUCCAGGAGCAAGUUUCUUGCCUUCUAUGAACUGCAUUACAAAGGACAACCCCUGAAAUUCAACCUGAGCCUCAACCACAACCUCCUGGCGCCCGGCUUCGUCAGCGAGAGGCGAUACGGGGGGAUCGCUAAUGCCAAGAUCCAGUCUCACGCGUACAACAACUGCCAUAUGAUCGGGGAGGUGCAGAGCCGGGCGCUGGCGGGAGGGCUGGCCGUGCUCAGCACGUGUGAUGGUCUGAAAGGUGUGUUUCGGCUCAUGAACGAGGACUAUUUCAUCGAACCGGUGUCCGCCAGCUUUCAGGAGGCCGGAGCAGCGCAGCCCCACAGGAUAUACAAGCGCCAGGCGCCCGAGCACGGGGCAGAGCAAGGCAGGAGGCCACCAGCUCCACGGGAAACCUGUGGCGUCCAAGAAUCUCAGGAAAGCCUGGAGAGGUCUGAGAAACGGAGGGAAAGAUGGGAACAGAAGCAGCGCAGGAUGAGAAGGAUAAAGCAGCGCUCCAUCAGCAAGGAGAAGUGGGUGGAAACGCUGGUGGUGGCAGACACCAAGAUGAUAGAAUACCAUGGGAGCGAGAACAUAGAGAAGUACGUGCUGACCGUGAUGAACAUGGUGGCGGGUCUGUUCCACCACGCCAGCAUCGGGAACCCCAUCAACAUCGCCAUAGUGCGACUCAUCCUGCUGGAGGACGAAGAGGAGGAUCUGAAAAUCUCCCACCACGCAGACAACACCUUGAGAAGCUUUUGCAAAUGGCAGAAGAGCAUCAACGUUAAAGGAGAUUCCCAUCCCCUGCAUCACGACGUCGCAGUCCUGCUCACGAGGAAGGACAUCUGCGCAGCCAUGAACAGACCCUGCGAGACCCUGGGUCUGUCCCACGUGGCGGGGAUGUGCCAGCCCCACAGGAGCUGCAACAUCAACGAGGACACGGGACUGCCCCUGGCCUUCACUGUGGCCCACGAGCUCGGACACAGUUUUGGGAUUCAGCAUGAUGGAAGCAGCAAUGACUGUGAGCCAGUUGGGAAAAGACCUUUCAUCAUGUCUCCACAGCUCCUGUAUGACACGUCCCCGCUCACCUGGUCCCGCUGCAGCCGGGAGUACAUCACACGAUUCCUCGACCGGGGCUGGGGGCUGUGCCUGGAUGACCCCCCUGCCCGGGAGGUGCUGGACUACCCCUUGGUGCCCCCGGGCGUCCUCUACGACGUGGGCCACCAGUGCCGGCUGCAGUACGGCCCCUACUCCACCUUCUGUGAGGACAUGGAUAGCGUCUGCAACACGUUGUGGUGCACGGUGGGGAACACGUGCCACUCCAAGCUGGACGCUGCCGUGGACGGCACGGCGUGCGGGGAGAACAAGUGGUGCUUCAACGGCGAGUGCGUGCCGGUGGGUUACCGUCCCGACGCGAUCGACGGCGGCUGGGGCUCCUGGAGCUCGUGGGCAGCGUGCUCGCGCAGCUGCGGCGCGGGCGUGCAGAGCGCGGAGAGGCAGUGCAGCAGCCCCACGCCAAAGUACGGGGGCCGGUACUGCCUGGGGGAGCGGAAGCGGUUCCGGAUUUGCAACGUCAAGCCGUGUCCCCUCGACAAGCCCUCCUUCCGCCAGGUCCAGUGCAGCCAGUUCAACCCCAUGCUCUACAAAGGGAAACUCUACAGGUGGACGCCGGUGCCCAACAACAUUAACCCCUGCGAGCUGCACUGCCGGCCGGAGGACGAAUACUUUGCAGAAAAGCUGCGGGAUGCCGUCAUCGACGGGACGCCGUGCUACGAGAUGAACGCCAGCCGCGACAUGUGCAUCAACGGCAUCUGCAAGAACGUGGGCUGCGACUACGAGAUUGACUCCAACGCGGUGGAGGACCGGUGCGGCGUCUGCCACGGGGACGGCUCCACCUGCCACACCGUCAAGAAGACCUUCGAGGACAGCGAGGGGCUGGGUUACGUUGAUAUUGGGAUUAUCCCUGUGGGAGCACGCGAGAUCCGGAUUGAAGAAGUCGCAGAAGCUGGGAAUUUCCUGGCGCUGCGGAGUGAGGACCCGGAGAAGUAUUUCCUCAACGGCGGAUGGACCAUCCAGUGGAAUGGGGACUACAGGGUGGCGGGGACCACCUUCACCUACAAGAGGACAGGGAACUGGGAGAACCUCACCUCCCCAGGGCCCACCGUGGAGCCGGUGUGGAUCCAGCUGCUGUUCCAGGAGACCAACCCCGGCGUGCGGUACCAGUACACCAUCCAGCGCCCGGCCGACAGCGAGAACGAGAUCGAGCAGACGGAGUUCCUCUGGCGCUUCGGCUCCUGGACCACGUGCACCGCCACGUGCGGGACCGGGGUGCAGCGGCAGAUCGUGCACUGUGUGGAGAAGCUGGCCGGCAUCGUGGAGGAGCGGUACUGCGACGCGCUUACCCGCCCCGACGACCAGCAGAGGAAGAGCAGCGAGGAGCCCUGUCCCGCCAGGUGGUGGGUCGGCGAGUGGCAGAAAUGCUCGUCCACCUGCGGCCGCUCGGGGCUGAUGAAGAGGACGGUGCUGUGCAUCCAGAGCGUGGGGCUGGACGAGCAGAGGGCCUUGCAGCACGCGGACUGCCAGCACCUCUCCAAGCCAGAGGCCACGGCGCCCUGUCACCGGGAGGUCCCCUGUCCCUCCCAGUGGGCCGUGGGGAACUGGUCUGAGUGCUCCGCGACGUGUGGAAACGGGACACAGAGGCGCCCUGUUUACUGCAGCAACAGCACUGGAGCCGCUUGUGACCCUGCAGAAAGACCCAGCUCGGAAACUAUUUGCUCUUUGCCGCAGUGCCAGAAGAAAUUAGACAGUGCCAAUAUGGACUGGUCUGGCAGCGGGUCCUCCAGUAGAGAAAUAUUUAAUGAAAUCCAUUAUAUCCCCAGCAACAGCAUUCCUAAAUUUAACCCCUUAAUUCCAAAUAUUCCAGAAUCCAAUGAUGUCAAUAUCAUCACUGAGGAGGACUUCUCAGCCAGAAAGGGAAAUGUCUUUGUUGACGAUUUUUACUAUGAUUAUAAUUUUAUCAACUUCCAUGAGGAUCUGUCGUACUAUCCCUUCACGGAGAAGGAGACCAAAGGCGAGGAGCCUAAGCCAGAGCUGAGCAUCAACGAUGUGGAGGGGUCACACGAGAUGUCCACUGAUGUCCUGCACACUGCCAAGCCGGGAGGAGGAGCAAGUGAGGACCAUCUGGUGACCAGCAAAGCAGAGACUUCUGCUCCUGUGCAUGGUGAAGGAGAGACGGAGCCUGGGGGUUUAGCCAUGAAUGACCUCCUGAGUGUGGUCCCUGAGGACGCAGGGACAGCCGCUCCCAAAUAUGCCAUCCCUGACUUCAUGGGUGAGAUGGAGGAUGCAACGCUUGUGCCCCGCUCCGAGAACCACCUGCCCACCAUGAGCUGGGACUCUGCGAACAGCCACGACCACCCGCCCCCGGAUGAGCCCUGGGGAGCCAUGCCGACGAGGGCCGCUCCUGGGCAGGAUGCUCCAGCCCAUGGCCCCGCUCCCUGGGCUCCUUACCCGGCCGAUCCCUCCCCACCGCUGCCGGCUGGCAGGGGCAGCGCCGGCGCAGACCCGUCCGACAGCCUGGGAGAGCCGGGGAGCAGCAGCGAGGGGCGUGCGAGCACAGAGGGGCCGAGUAACGCCGGCAGUGAGGAGCAGGACGUGGCCGGCUCUGCGGGGAGAGGCCAUGAAGACUCAAGGGAAAUGGGGCUUGUCAUCGCUGGUGAUGCUAACGGUGCUGCCAACGGUGCUGCCCCCGAGAGCAAGGAGCAGGAAGGGUGGGCAGAAAUGCCGGAGGGGAUGGCGGGCACACAUGCCGCAAUGGUGGCCGAGGAGCAACCGACCUCCCGCUGGGCCCUGGUCAGCAGUGCCGUGCCAGGGGAGCACUCGCCAUGGGCAACCCCAGGGACAUUUGCUUUCGGUGAUGGGGAGCAUGAGUUAUCCCAGCCCACCCCUGCCCCACUGCCGCUCUGGGAGGAGGACGAGAGGGAGAAGGAGGAGGCUUUGCUUCCAGCAUCCACCACCGUGGCAGCCACUGCGAUGCCCAGCUGGGAGGUCGGGAACUGGAGCGAGUGCUCGGCCACCUGCGGCGUGGGCGCGACCUGCAGCUCCGCCAGCAACGACGGCUGCGCCGCGGCCAACAAACCCGUCCCUGCUCGGAGGUGUUCCCUGAGACCGUGUUCGUCGUGGCGCGUGGGGAACUGGAGUAAGUGCUCCAGGAGCUGUGGUGGGGGGAUGAAGGUUCGGGACGUGCAUUGCAUUGACACCAGGGACCAGAGGCUCCUACGGCCCUUCCACUGCCAGGCUGUCCUCUACAAACCGCCGGCACAGCUGCCCUGCCAGAGCACGCCAUGCCUGGACUGGUACACGUCCUCCUGGAGAGAGUGCACGGCUCCCUGCGGCGGGGGCAUCCAGCGGCGCCAGGUCAAGUGCAUCAACACCAAGACGGGGCUGGCCGAGGAGGACAGCAGCCUCUGCGACCACGAGCCCUGGCCCGAGAGCACCCAGAAGUGCAACCCGCAGGACUGCGAGGGCUCCGAGUCAGGCUUCGUCUGUGAGCGCGACCGCUUGACGUUCAGCUUCUGCCAGACCCUGCGGGUCCUGGGAAGGUGCCACCUCCCAACGGUCCACCUCCAGUGCUGCCGAAGCUGCCGCCAGCACGGGCACCGCGCAGCGCCCGACCGGGACCGCGGGGACGAGCGGGCCUCCAGGAGGUGA